AGAUUCGAAUAGAGAAGAGAAGAAACUUUGAUUCAAUACCAAAAUAAUAUCGAACGUACAAGGCAAGCAUUUAGCACACUUUUUUAUGUUAAAAGAAAAGCUUAUCAAUGAGAGAGCCGACGCUCCAAAGGGGAGAAAGCAAAGGAAGCGUAUACUGUAUAGCCGGUUGUACGGCGCACACCGUAGUAUCGCUAACAUUUUCAUAUAUUAAGUGAAAAUGGUGUUUUUCGUUAAAUGAGCAUCAUAUUUAUUCUAUUGAGUAUUGAGAGUGUAAUAAUGAGUAUCGUGAUAUCAGCUUCAUAGUUUAAAAUUCACUUUGUUUUAUUUUUUUUUUUGUUUUUUUAAAAUAUCUACAAUGAACCUGUAUGAAUCCAAUAUGUGAUUUAAUAUUAUACUUUUGAAAUAUGCAUGAAUGUGACAUUUUAAAAUGAGUAUCACACCAAUAUCAAAUGGGCAUACAUAAAUUACGAAAUGAGCAUCGAAAAAUUCAAAAAACUCAUUUAAAAAUCUCGACUAUGCUCAACUAAUUUUCAUUCGUGUAUGCUCAUCACAUCAGUAAAAAUACAUAUAUAUCUACAAUGAAAUCGCCGUGCGCGGCCGUAGACUCAUUGGAAAUCGUCAUCUAUGUAUAUAUAUCUACAAUGAAAUCACCUGUGACUGGAAUCACACGCCAAUUGUAGGAAUUUGGCAGUCUGUCGCUUGUCGAUUGUCGUUGAAGGCUACUCGUGACUCGUUCGAGGUUGAACUCGACGGAAAUAACGGGAUUGACAGAGAUAUGUCAAAAUUCACAGAGGAUUAUAUUUGACAGGAAUAUGCCAAGUUCGUACCAAAAACAUUUUGACACAAGCUAUUUGACACUAAAUCAAUCAUCAACCCUUACCAAAUCCGUGUCAAUUCCGUAUUUUUUGUUGUGUAUAUUUUUAUGGAAUAUAACAAAGUAAGACAAUAAAUUAAUCACUUGUCCUAUAGAAGACAAUAAAUUAAUCACUUGUCCUUGUCGUCGUUGUUGUGACAUCUUUUUACGCUACUCGUAAACUCCUUGGCUUUCUUCACGUUCGAUUCUUCUUCCUCCAUUGUUGCUUGGUGUUUGAGCUUGGAUAUUAGUUUGUUUACACUCCUAUCUCCCUUAGGGUGUAAAAACUCUAAUUUUUGAGCUCUUAUUUUGCUACUUUGGAGCUCUUUCCCGUUUCAGAAACUCGGGUUACUAUUCAUGUCCUGAAGGUCAACGCCUGGAUCUUCUUCCCCUAUGGUUGGAAUCUGAUUUUGAACUUCAAUUGUCCCUCUCCUGACCCUGAGAAUCAAGGAAUACCCGAUUUCAUCAUCAUCAAGCACAUUUGGUUUUUGGCCGUACUCUUCUUCUCUACUCGAUUCGCUAAGUGAAUAGCUCUUAGCUCACCUUUGUUAAGGAAUCAAGCUCCAUGUGUGUGGGGGUGGCUUAUUCCUAGCUUCCCCUACCUUUCUCCUUCAGUAUGCCGAGAGGGGGUAAGGCCAAGAAGAAGACUACCCCUGUUCCUACUAAGUCCUCUUCGAGGCUCAAAGCUAUAGCCCAAGCUAAGAAGGUGGGUGAUGCUGCUUUGGACGAGGUCAUUCAUAGUGAGGAAGACUCUAGCCGUGGAGAUGCCACCUACCAACCUACCAAUGAUAUCUCCUCCUCCUCGAAUGAACCAAUGGAGAACAAAGGGGAGCAUAACGAGGUAAACUCUACUCAUAUCUCUCAAGAUAUUGUUGAACCAUUUAUAGGUGGUGACAUGGAUAAGGUUGUUACUAUUAUUGAGGAGGUUGUUGUACCUAUUAAUGUUCUAAUGAGAUCUCGACUUCUAUAGCUAUUCCUAUUAAUGAGGGUUCUAUGGUGGGUGUUGUACCUAAUUUUGGUUGCUUUAUUGAAGUCUCGGAUUCUCUACCUAAUACUUUUGGAAAUGAGGUUGUUAAACCCAACACUGACACUCAUGACCAUAUUGAUCUAAACAAGAGUCCUCUGUUUGACACUCCUUAUGCCGUGGCUAGUGAGACCUUGACCCCUACUUCUCAUGCCGCGGCAUCUCCCAUUGAUACUCCUAUACCUGGUGUGACUCCUAUGGUUGAUAAUCCUACUGUAGUUGGGGGUUUGUCACGUAUACUUGGUGAGACUCCUAUGGGCUCUACAUCCCAAGGGAUUGUCACUCUUG